GCUACAUGCUGCCCUGAAGUCCCUCAGUCAGCUCGCGGCCCCUUUCCUGGCCGUGGUGGACGAUUGCUGGCUGCCACUGGGUUCCAUGCGCUUUCGAGAGAACGGCUCCAGUGGAGGUCACAAGGGCCUGGAGGGUAUUGAGUCGACCUUUCCAUGUGGGCAGGCCUACCACCGCCUGCGAAUUGGCAUUGGAGGCAAAAACUCCAAGGAAUUCGUCACUGGAGAUUUCACGGAAGAUGAAGAGGCUUUACUCAAACCUGUGCUGACUGCAGCUGUCCGUGCCGUUCAG